AAUAAACAUGAAUAAUCAAGACCAGCCAGGAUCGUCGCACCAGAACGAGGAUUCAUCGCCCGACGACGAUGUUGAGGAGAUUCUUCGAAAUAAUCCGAUGCUCAACGUUAUCCUUGGCCGCACCCAAUUAAUGGCAAAUGAUCAGAUUCCCGAAGCGUUCAGACCCGUGCACCCAGGUUUAUAUUCUGCGGCGCUUGCUCACGAGCAAAUCAUUGACGUGGUCCGAGCACGAGUCGUCGAACAGCGUGAAAUGCAGGGAAGUUCGGAUUCUGGAGCACUGGAAAACGAUUUAAACCGAACUUUGGAAGUCACUGAGGAUGCCGAAGUCAUGGAAAAUUGGGUUUCAAUAUACGAACUGCUGAAUCCUUCUGAACUUCGAAGCCGAAAAAAUGGCCUAACUGAGCCAGUCAACGAUAUUCUGAAAGCCUUUUUGGAGCUGAACAUGGAGAACUUUGCCGAAAAACUGACCCCGAUUUUCCACGAUCUCAAGCUGGACAAUCGUAUCCUGCAUAUAUUGAAAACGGCUGAGCAAUGUUGUCGCCGUGAAGAUAUCGACAAGAGGUUUAUUCCGGAGCACUGCACAAUUGCACGCAACUUUUUGAAAGCGACUUUCUACACUGGACCCAAGCGAACCGACAACUUCAUCUUCCAGAGCAACCUGUUUUCCACGUCUUGCGGAUCGCUUAUAUCUAAAUCUGGCGAACCAAUUGUGUAAUAUUUUUCCCCCACAUUGUUUUAAUUCCUAUUUUUUUCCUUCUGGAAUAUUCUGAUUUGAAUCAAUUUUUGUAAAUAAUUUGUUAUUUUGCGCACAAAUUUGUAUUUUUCGUAUUCUGAUAAAGCCGGUCAAACGAACAAA